CGGGUCGCCGCGGCUUUCGCUUUGCCGCCGCGGCUGGGCGGGCGGGAGGAGCAGCAGGCUCGGCGGCCGGCUCUCCUGGGGUCCCGGCGGGGCAGCGCCGCGUCCAGCCCUCCCGCUUCGGGGAUUCCCGGCCGAGGCGCCCGCGCCCCCGGGCUCCCCGCCUCGGCCCCCCGCGGCCCCGAUGCCGAGGCAUGGAUAGAGCGGCGCGGCGCGCGGCGGCGAUGGGGGAGAAGAAGGAGGGCGGUGGGGCCGCGGCGGCCGCGGAUGGGGGCGCCGGGGCCGCGGCCAGCCGGGCGCUCCAGCAGUGCGGGCAGCUCCAGAAGCUCAUCGACAUCUCCAUCGGCAGCCUGCGCGGGCUGCGCACCAAGUGCGCGGUGUCCAACGACCUCACCCAGCAGGAGAUCCGGACCCUGGAGGCGAAGCUGGUCCGGUACAUUUGUAAGCAGCGGCAGUGCAAGCUGAGCGUGGCCCCCAGCGAGAGGACCUCGGAGCUCAACAGCUACCCCCGCUUCAGCGACUGGCUGUACACCUUCAACGUGAGGCCGGAGGUGGUGCAGGAGAUCCCCUGCGAGCUCACGCUGGAUGCCCUGCUGGAGAUGAACGAGGCCAAGGUCAAGGACACGCUGCGGCGCUGCGGGGCCAGCGCCGAGGAGUGCGGCCGCCUGCAGUACGCCCUCACCUGCCUGCGGAAGGUGCCGGGCCUGGGAGGGGAGCACAAAGAGGACUCGGGCUGGAGCAUGUCCGACGCUCGGCGGGAAAGCGGCUCGGGGCCCCCCACGGACACCCUCCCUCCGGCCGGCCUGGCCUGGCCCCCGGGCAGCGCCGCGCUGGGCAGAGUGGGCAACGGCGCCCAGGGCCCGCGCUCCGUCUCCGUGUCGGCUCUGCCCGCCUCGGACUUGCCGGCCCCCGGCCUCAGCGAGGGCCUCUCGGACACCUGUGUCCCCCUGCACGCCAGCGGCCGGCUCACGCCCCGCGCCCUGCACAGCUUCCUCACCCCGCCCACCACGCCGCAGCUGCGCCGGCACGCCAAGCUGAGGCCGCCGCGGACGCCGCCGCCGCCCAGCCGCAAGGUCUUCCAGCUGCUGCCCAGCUUCCCCACGCUCACCAGGAGCAAGUCCCACGAGUCCCAGCUGGGGAACCGCAUCGACGAUGUCGCCCCGGGGAGGUGA